AUAAAAGCCAAAAUAUUUCUUUAAAAAGAAGUCAAACGCCAUGAAAAUGUUUUCAUCGUACGUAACCGCGUCGACGAAAUAGCAAAGAACAUUUCCCCGAUCUAGUUUUCUUCUUCUCCCUGCACUUAUUCACUUUCAUCAUCAUCAUCAUCAUCAUCAUCUAUUUCAAAAUCAUUGAUAUUCCACUAUCUAUAUCAUCAUUCUACGCAAACCAAACUCAUCCACUAAUCCAUUCACAACAACAAAAUGGGUGUAGGCAUUUCAGUAUUAAUAGCCCUAAAAGCAGCAACACUCUUACUCUUCUUCGCAUACCUAAAAAACCUAGGGUUCUUCAUUUUAUCCCUUCCUUUUCUCUACUCUUCCCUAGUUUCUUUCCUCGUUUCAAUCGCUUCGCAUCCAUCAAUCGAUCUUCCACUACUCCUCGGCAAAACCUCCGAUGGAACAUUCCCAAUUUCAUCCCUAAUUAUCUUCGCUCCUUAUCUAUACUUUGUAAGAAUCUUUUCUGCAAUUCGGAGACGGCGGAGCGGUGAACCGGCUUAUACGGAGGUUCAUGACGGACUUUAUGUUGGUGGUUGGCCGUCUUCGCCGGAGAAGUUGCCGCCGGGGGAUCCUGCUAUUAUUGAUUGUACCUGUGAGUUUCCGAGGUUGAAAGGUUUUAGUGGCGGGUUGCCUUAUAGGUGUGUUCCUACUUGGGAUACUAGGUCUCCUCAGCCUGCUGAUAUUGAAUCUGCUGUUAAAUGGGCUGGUAGAAAAAGGGAUCUUAAUAGACCUGUUUUUGUUCAUUGUGCUUAUGGUCAUGGAAGAAGUGUUGCUGUUAUGUGUGCACUGUUAGUAGCACUAGGUAUCACAGAGGAUUGGAAGACUGCUGAAAAGCUGAUAAAGCAAAAACGGCCUUACAUUCGCAUGAAUGCCCUCCAUCGCAAGGCACUCGAAGAAUGGUCCACAGACAGAUUAUCUGUGCCAAAGAGUAAAAGAUACGGGGGUGGAUUAGUUGACUAAAUCUGAAUUGUUUUUAUCAAUCACAGUUUGAUGGUUUUCCAAACACUACCGAAUGGAAGUAAGAAAAUGUGUAAAAUAGAUUCUGCCUGUCACUCUACUUUCUUAACAUUAUUGUUUUCCACACAAUUUAGAACCUGUUCUCUGGUUACUAAUUUGCUCUAUAAUUGACUUCUUCGAACAUGAUAAUUGUUGUAUGAUAGUUUGAAUGUUCUAAAGAUCUUGGAAAAGUAUUUGGACUCAA